AUGAGGAGCAGGAGCAACUCGGGCGUCAAACUGGACAACUAUGCCCGGAUCGUGCAGCAAACGAUCCUGCGGCACCAAGAUCCGGUCACGGGACUCCUGCCCGGAAGCGGGGAGCAGCCGGACGCGUGGGUGCGAGACAAUGUUUACAGCAUCGUGUCGGUGUGGGCGCUCAGCCUGGCCUACAGAAAGAACGCCGACAGGGACGAAGACAAGGCCAAGGCUUACGAACUGGAGCAGAGUGUGGUGAAGCUAAUGAGAGGCGUCCUACAGUGCAUGAUGAGGCAGCUGCACAAAGUGGAGAAGUUCAAGUACAGCCGCAGCACGUCCGACUCGCUUCAUGCCAAGUACAACACAAAGACCUGCGCCCCUGUAGUUGGGGAUGACCAGUGGGGUCACCUGCAAGUGGACGCCACCUCGCUCUUCCUGCUUUUCCUGGCCCAGAUGACGGCAUCGGGUCUACAUAUCGUCUACACCCAGGAUGAAGUGGACGUGGUGCAGAAUCUCAUGUUCUACAUCGAGGCGGCUUACAAAGUGGCUGAUUACGGGAUGUGGGAACGAGGGGACAAAACCAACCAGGGUAUCACGGAAAUCAACGCUAGCUCCAUCGGCACAGCCAAGGCCGCUCUGGAAGCCCUGGAUGAGCUGAACCUGUUUGGAGCUAAAGGCGGACCCGGAUCGGUGGUCCACGCCCUGGCUGACGACAUACAGCACUGCCAGUCCAUCCUGACGUCCAUGCUUCCCAGAGCGUCCAUCUCCAAAGAGGUGGACGCCGGCGUGCUGGCCAUCAUCUCCUAUCCCGCCUUCGCCGUGGAGGACAUCAGCAUUGUCAACGUGACCAAGGAGGAGAUCAUCUCCAAGUUGCAGGGUCGCUACGGCUGCUGCAGGUUUCUCAGAGACGGACACAAAACUCCCAAAGAGGACCCCAACCGUCUGUAUUACGAGUCCGCCGAACUCAAGUUGUUUGAGAACAUUGAGUGCGAGUGGCCUCUUUUCUGGACCUACCUCAUCCUCGACGGAAUUUUCAUAAACAGCCCUGAGCAGGUACAAGAGUACCAGGAAGCUCUGGAGGGCAUCUUGAUCAAGCAAAAGGAUGGAAUACGACUGUUACCCGAGCUCUACAGUGUCCCAUCAGACAAGGUGGAAGAGGAGUACUUGAAUCCUCACACAGUGGAGAGGAUUCCCAUGGGGAAGUGUCCCCUUAAGUGGGGACAGUCUCUUUACGUUCUUGGAAAGCUUUUAUCAGAGGGUUUUCUUGCUCCUGGAGAGAUCGAUCCUCUGAACCGUCGGUUCUCCACGAUCCCCAAGCCUGACGUGGUAGUCCAAGUGUCCGUCCUGGCCGAGACGGAGGAGAUUAAGGAGCUGCUGCUGAAGCACGGCAUCCACGUGGAGACGGUGGCUGAUAUUCAUCCCAUCCACGUGCAGCCCUCCAGGGUGCUCAGUCACAUCUACGCACGACUCGGUCGCAACCCACGACUGGGAUUAACGGGGCGGCCAUACAGGAUGAUCGGAGUACUGGGGACUUCCAAGUUCUACAUCAUAAGGAAUACGAUUUUCUCAUUCACACCUCAGUUUCUGGACCACCAACAGUUCUACCUGGCUCUGGACAACAAAAUGAUCGUGGAGAUGCUGAGGACGGAAAUUUCCUACUUGUCGUCCAGAUGGAGAAUGACGGGACGACCCACCGUCACCUUCCCUAUCUCGCAAACCAUGCUGACUGAAGACCACACCAACCUAGACCCUGCUGUGCUGGCUACCCUCAAGAAACUACAGGACGGCUACUAUGGAGGAGCAAGGAUCCAGACGGGAAAACUGUCGGAAUUCUUGACCACGUCGUGUUUCGCUCACCUCAGCUUCUUGGAUGGUAAGGCCUUAGGCGGUACGGGCGGCCGUGCCGACGACGAGUUUGACGAUCUCGACGGCGAGGGAUACGUGCAUGAGUUGAGCUGUGACGACGAGGCCGACGACCUCGCUCAGUACUUAGACCACCUCUUGGCCCACUCGGCCCCCAAGAAGCCCAAAGCGCAGGUUGGGGGGCUGGGAAAGUUCAAGGCUGCUGCCGCCAAAACCAAAGAGAUGGUCUCUCUAAAGAACAAGGCCCAGAAUCUUAACGUGCAAGAAGUCAACAUGUACCUGCCCAAUAAGCUCUUUCGCUCCCAUCAGCCAUCCCUCAACCUCAACCUUCCGGAGUCUUCCGCAGUGCCGGACAGUCAGGUCCCCGAAGUGACAGUGACGACGGAAAGCGGAAUACCGAGGGAUGCUAGCGGAGCCGUGGAUUACCUUGCUCUAGUGCAACUCCUGAAGGACACAAAAAGUCUACAGGACCAGGCCGACAUCCUCUACAUCCUGUUCAAGGACAAAGGGAUGGACUGGGACACGGGUCUGCAUGGCAAAGGAGCGACGGUGCGAUCUCUGCUCGGCGAUCUGUACGAGAAAGCGGGAGAGCUCAAGCACUGGGGGCUCAUCAGGAUGAUCUCUGGGAUGUUGAGGAAGAAGGUGGAGGAACUGGAUUCGGCGUGCUCUGACCUGCUGGCCCACCAGAAGCACUUGACGGUGGGGCUGCCCCCGGAGCCCCGAGAAAAGACCAUCUCGGCGCCCAUCCCCCUCGACCGUUUGGCUGCCAUCAUCGACGAAGCUAGCGACAACAACAUUAGCGUGGCCAUUCUCACCCAGGAGGUUAUGGUGUACCUAGCCAUGAGCAUCCGGACACAGCCCAACCUGUUCAGCGAAAUGUUCCGCCUCCGCAUCGGGCUCAUCAUCCAAGUCAUGGCCACAGAGCUCGCGCAGUCGCUCAACUGCUCCGGUGAGGAGGCGACGGAAAGUCUAAUGAGCCUGAGCCCAUCCGAGCUCAAGAACCUCCUGCACCACAUCUUGAGCGGGAAGGAGUUCGGCGUGGAGCGCAGCGUUCGUGAUACCGACGGCGGCGUCAGUCCGGCCAUCUCCAUCCAUCACCUCGGGAACGUGGGCGCCACCAAGAGCGAGAGGGCGGGAAUCAGCAAGCUCAAGAGCGACAUGAAGAUGCUGGAGAUCAGGAUGUCCCUCAGGAAGGCGGAUCGCAGAGUGUCUAUGACUGACGCAGUCAAGCCGGAGCAAAGCGUGACGUCCGCUCGCAAGAGUCUCCGAUCUCACUCGCUGGACAUCGGCAACAUCGAGUCAGGGAGGUACAGACUUCCUUCCAUUGAGUCGCUGGACAUCCCUGAGGGCGCUUCGGUCGGCAAAGAUUCGAGACAAGGGCAGUGGCUGCGUAGGAGGCGCCUGGACGGAUCGCUCAACCGCGUCCCUGUUGGAUUCUAUCAGAAAGUAUGGAAGAUUCUGCAGAAAUGUCACGGCCUGUCCAUCGAAGGCUACGUCCUCCCGUCUUCUACCACCAGAGAGAUGACCCCUGGCGAGAUCAAGUUCUCCUUGCACGUGGAGACGGUCCUCAACCGCGUCCCGCAACCAGAGUACCGCCAGCUCCUUGUAGAAGCCAUCUUGGUGCUCACCAUGCUGUCCGACGUGGACAUCCCCACCAUCGGCUCCAUCGUCCACGCGGAAAAGAUCGUCCGGCUGGCCAAUGACAUGUUCUACAAAGACCAGAGAGACCUUGGCGCAGACGAACAACUGCUGGAGCAAGACCCGUCCACAGGCGUGUGCAAACUGCUGUACGACAGCGCCCCUAGCGGCCGCUUCGGUAGCAUGACGUACUUGACCAAGGCGGUGGCGGUGUACGUACAGGACUUCCUGCCCGGCGGCUCGUGCGCCGUCCAGUGA